AUGUUCAAUCUGUUCUUAUCUAUCUAUCUAUCUAUCUAUCUAUCUAUCUAUCUAUCUAUUUCAUCUCUCUACACACACACACACAUACAUCUGUUUUCUAUAUUUUUUUUCUUUCUUUUUUUCUAUUUUCAUUAUUUAUCGUCCAAUUCUUCCACACCAUCUCUUUUCUUUCUUUUCUUUUUCUUUAUGCUUAUUAUAUUUUGUCGUUUUUUAUGUUCUCUUUUAAUUCCUAUGUACAUUUUGAUUUCUUUCGUUCUUUCAUUUUACCGGUGUAUUUUUUGUGCUUUGUUUUUUUUUUUAUCCUUUUUUUCUUUCUUUUUCUUUCUUUUUUUCAUUUUUCUCAUGCUUUGUUUUUCUUUUUCUUUUUCUUUUGGGUUUCUUUUUUCCUUUCUAUCUAUUUUUUAUAUUUAUUUCUAUUUAAUAUUUUGUCUGCCUUUUCUCUUUUUUUCUAAUACUUUUUUAUUCAUGCCUUUUUUCUUUCUUCUCUUUUGUAUUUUCAUUGUGCUUUCUUUCUAUCUGUCUUCAUUUUUUCGUUCGAUCUUUUUUCUUUCUUUUUCUUUCUUGGUCUUCUUUCUUUAUUUUAGUGAUUUAUUUUUCUUUUUUCUUUCCUUUUUUUUCCCGAUGCCCAUCAUUUUUUCUCUCUCUUGUUUAUCAUAUUUUUUCCUUCUAUUCCUUUAUGUCUUCAUCAUUUUCUUCUAUUUCUUUUUUUCAUUUUCUUUUUUUCUCAAUUCAUCUUUUAGCUUUUUCUCAACUUGCCUACCGAGAAAACUAUCUAUAGAAACAACUGACUAUCUGGUUACCAUUCUCUCUCUCUCUCUCUCUCUCUCUCUCUCUGUCUCUGUCUCUCUCUGUCUGUCUCUCUCACGAAUAGGAUUUGUUUUACUAUACUACCAGGAGCUUUUUCAAACGUGUCUCUGCCUAUCUAUCUAUCUAUCUAUCUAUCUAUCUAUCUAUCUAUCUAUCUAUCUAUCUUUCUUUCACAGUCAGCUCCUAUCUAUCUAUCUAUCUAUCUAUCUAUCUAUCUAUCUAUCUAUCUAUCUAUCUAUCUAUCUUUCACAGUCAGCUCCUAUCUAUCUAUCUAUCUAUCUAUCUAUCCCAGUCAGCUCCUAUCUAUCUAUCUAUCUAUCUAUCUAUCUAUCUAUCUAUCUAUCUAUCUCUUUCUCUCUCUCUCUCUCUCUCUAUAUAUAUAUAUAUAUAUAUAUAUGA